GGAACUUUCAAGAUGUCGGCGCCCGUAAUAAGACCGGCGGUUUAUGUUUUUUCUACAUCUUCGGGUUUAACUGCCAGUAUAUUGAAAUAUGCACCUUCAAUAUGUGUCAAAGAAAUAACCCCAGGUCCUGUAACACCAAACAUACUGAAGGAACUACAGAAGGCAGACAUUCUUGUGACAGAACCUGGUCUCAUUCACAGUGCAAUACAGGAUUUACCAAAUCUCAAAUGGAUGCAUUCAGUUUGGGCAGGUAAUGACAAGAUGUUCCAAAAUCUUGAUUCUAAAAAGCCCAUUCCCAGUUAUAAGUUCACAAGGUUUGCGGGUUGCUUUGGAUCACACAUGGCAGAGUAUGUGAUUGGACACAUUCUGGCAAGAGAGAGGAUGAUAAUUGACACAUGGCAGGACAAACAGGAAAAAUUUUGGAACAAAAGUGUGAGACAAACAUACCGGAUUCUUCCUGAGUUAACCUUGGGUAUACUUGGUGUGGGUGACAUCGGCCAAGAAGUGGCAAAGGUUUGUAAAAGAUUUGGUAUGAAGAUAUGGGGACUGGUCAAACAAGAUAUUCCCAACAGAUCUAAAGAUAUUGAUGAAUACAGGCAAAUCCCAGAGCUGCCUGAAUUACUAGAGAACUGUGACUACAUAGUCAAUAUCCUUCCAAGUACUCCUUCUACCAAAGGACUCCUCUCAAGUGAAACUUUGAAACAUUGCAGUAAAAAGAAGUCUGUGUUGAUCAAUGUUGGACGAGGAGAUAUUGUGGAUGAGGCUGGUAUUAUCAAUGCCUUGGAUAAUGGUUGGUUAUCUGGUGCUGUACUUGAUGUAUUUGAUGAAGAACCUCUCCCUAAGACAAGUGCAUUGUGGGACCAUCCAGCCGUGCAUAUAACACCACAUGUAUCAGCCGUGACAUUCGGAUGGCAGGCAGCUGAGCUGUUCUGUGAAAACUAUGAGAAGUUCAUGAAGGGAGAAGAAUUGCCAUAUCCAGUGAGUUGGGAGAAAGGUUACUAAUGCAAUAAAUAAGUUAUUGUUGUGCGAGCUAGUCAAUACACCCAGAGAUGAUACUGCCUGGUGUGGUAUCUAUGAAACACUGGAAUUAGUGGAAUAAAUGCAAUAAUACGUUUUCAAUAUGUGAUUUUUGUAUGCAGUAUUACAGACAGAUGUUGACUCUGUUUGGGUCUUGGCCAAAAAUAAUGGCCAAGGCGAGUGUAGUUUCAGGACUUUAUAAAGGUUAUGUUGAGAAAUAAUACUCGGAAAUUGAAAUACUUUCAUGCUUUUUGAAACUAAUUGUAUUUUUAUACAUGUAUAAUUGCUCAUAUAUUUUGUAGAUGAUAUACAGUAUAAUAAAUAAGAAAUCAG